GUCUUGUUUUUUUUUUUAUUAUGUGUCGGGACUUUCAUGAAUUCUGGCGGAAGAAAGCGAUUCGCAUUUUCAAACAGUAUCAAUGUCUGUCUGAAUUCAGUAGAUUAAUCUAAUCAUCUGCGUAUACUAUGUGGUUUAUUCUAGCAGGAGUCGUGGUUCUGUCGUGCAUUACAGAUGCAACACCACUUGGUGGCAGGACAGUUCCUGAUUUCGGAAAGAUGUAUCACGUAAAAGGUGUGAUAUCUUUGCCUUACGCUGAGAUCAAAGAGCCAUUUGAAGCAUGGUAUGAUCUUGAGGGGAAGAAAAGUCGAAUCGACUAUUAUCACGGUCAGGUGAGCACUUUCCAGAUUGGUACUGACUUUGACAACGGCGCCCUCUACAAGAUCACACCAGUGACCACUGAGACAGAACUUAAUGUUAUGAAGUGUUUCCAGCUCAAUGGUACCAAAGAGGGACCUGUACUUCCACAGAAGGCACUGCCUGACCUGCAAGGUUUUCAGUUUGAGAAGAUUGAAUACUAUGCAGGUGUUCUGUGUGAAGUCUGGACAAAUAUCACAGUAGUUGGUAAUAAGAAGAACACCUAUCGCCUGUGGGUAACACGGCCAGAGGGAAACGAUUCCCCAGCCAUGCCCUGUCACUAUGAGAUGAUGGGCUUUAACACGCUUUUAGGAUCCCAUUUUGACAAGUACCUUAUUGACUACAGUGACUACAACACCAGACCUGACCCUGACAUUUUCAGACUACCUGAAGGAAUGGCCUGUGGGGAUUUUCCCGGCCCUGGUGUGGAGAAUCGGCUACUGGCCAACCCCAUUCAAGAUCUUGUCCACACUUCCCCCGUCGGCCAUGCCCAUCGAAUGUUCGGCCACUUUAAGGAAAAAUAUAACCGGCAGUAUGGCAGUGAAGCAGAGCAUGAGGAACGCGAGCACAACUUUGUGCAUAAUAUUCGGUAUGUUCACUCCAUGAAUAGAGCUGGUCAUUCAUUCUCUCUUUCCGUGAAUUAUCUGGCUGAUCGAUCAGAGGCAGAAUUGGCUGUGAUGAGAGGAAGUAAAGGCAAACGGACUUAUCGAAAAGCAAAGCCUUUUCCCUCUGAAAUUCGCUCUGUAGCCACCCCUGAUUCAAUAGACUGGAGGCUGUAUGGUGCCGUGACCCCGGUAAAAGACCAGGCUGUUUGUGGAUCUUGCUGGAGCUUUGCCACCACAGGAACACUAGAGGGAGCACUUUUCCUUAAGACAGGAACGCUAGUGUCAUUGUCCCAGCAGAUGCUUGUGGACUGCACAUGGGGGUUCGGUAAUAACGGCUGUGAUGGAGGAGAGGAGUGGAGAGCUUUGGAAUGGAUGAUGAAACAUGGUGGCAUUUCUACCGCAGAGGACUAUGGAUCAUAUAUGGGCAUGAAUGGUUUGUGUCAUUAUAAUAAGUCGUCAAUGGUGGCAAGUGUGAGCAGCUACACAAAUGUGACCAGUGGUGAUAUUGCGGCACUGAAGGCUGCCAUCUUUAAAUUCGGCCCUGUAGCGGUCAGCAUUGAUGCUGCUCACCGCUCAUUCUCCUUCUACAGCAAUGGAGUCUACUACGAACCAGCAUGCAAAAACGGAACGGAUGACUUGGAUCAUGCUGUGCUUGCGGUUGGUUAUGGGAUACUGGAUAAUGAGCCCUACUGGCUUGUGAAGAAUUCCUGGUCGACUUACUGGGGAAAUGAUGGUUAUGUACUAAUGUCUAUGAAAGACAAUAACUGCGGUGUGGCCACUGAUGCCGUAUACGUGACGUUGGCCUAAUACACACAUACUACUAAAAAUCACACAACACCACAAAGAAAUUGUUUGUUUUUGGCUGUUUUAAUGCAGAUACAGUUGUUCCCAGUUUUAAUGUGCUUCAGUUGGAAUGUCAAUAAAAGAAAAGUUUUAAGAUA